AUGGUAAUGUCGAGACAGACAGCUGACAGUUGAAUGGCUAGAAGUUGAGAACGACAAGCUCCGCCCACCACGAACGUUAGUGCGCGGAAACAGCGAGUCCAUGCCUUGCUGUGGGGACUGUGAUGAGAGGUGUGAGCUGGUGUAACCUAUCCCUGUGGCUGCCGGGGUAGAUGUGAGGCUGACCAUGCCUGCACGAAUGAUGGACGAGGAGUUUCUGUCGGGUCUAAUGGAGGGAGGGAUGGGGCUUGGACCAGCCUUACCCGUGCAUACUGCACACAAACACAACCUAAAACACCGGUUUGAGUUGAUCAAAACUCUUGGAGAGGGUUCCUAUGGGAAGGUUAAACUUGCCAUGGAGAAAUCUACCAGGGAACAGGUGGCCAUAAAGUACAUAAAGAAAGGAAAGAUCAACGAUGAUACAGACCUUACUCGACUCCGCAGAGAAAUUAGGAUUCUGUCCUCAUUAAACCACCCUAACAUCGUCAAUGUCCGGGAAGUGUUUGAAAACAAGGACCGAAUUAUCCUGGUGAUGGACUGUGCCACUGGCGGUGAACUUUAUGAUUACAUAAGCAAUCGCAGUCGACUCUCUGAAGCCGAUGCUCGUCGUAUAUUCAGACAAAUUGUUUCUGCCAUUCAUUGUUGUCAUCAAAAUGGAAUAGUCCACAGAGAUCUGAAGCUUGAGAAUAUAGUGUUAGACCAGGAGGGCAAUGUCAAGAUUGCAGACUUCGGCUUGUCCAAUUACUUCAGUGAAAACAAACUGCUAUCAACUUACUGUGGCAGUCCUCUAUAUGCCUCUCCUGAAAUUGUCAACGGCAACCCCUAUCACGGCCCUGAGGUGGACUGUUGGAGUCUUGGAGUUGUACUCUACACCUUGGUGUAUGGAGCCAUGCCAUUUGACAGUUCUGACUUCAAAGUUUUGAGAAAACAGAUAUCCAAUGGAGAUUAUUAUGAACCUACGAACUCUGCAGAAUGUGCUGGCCUUAUUCGACACCUGUUGACUGUUAAUCCAGCUAAACGGGCAGGAUUAAAGGACAUCCUGAAUCAUUGGUGGGUUAACCUCCAUCACAACAAGACCCCAUGUGGCGGGCCAUACCCAAACCCAGAUAUCCUCAAACCAGUCACUCUUCGCCCCAACCAGAGCUUGUCGUCAGACAGUGAGGGCGAACUGGAUAUGAAAUCGGCUAAGCCACUGAAGAGCAUCCUUAAAAAGCCAUCAAAUGGCAGUACAAGCAGCAACAACAGUCGAUCGAGUGAGGACACCUGUGACACUGCCUGUCGGGAGACGAAAUGUCUGGGCUCUCUGCCAUCAGUCGAGGCACAGGACACCCAUUGUGCUUACAAUGACUCUAUGACUUUACCAGAACAAGGACCAGAGGUUUUCUGUUCUGUAACAGAAGGGGCAAGUAACUCUUCUGAGGAAGUUAAAAAAGUGUUUGAUUCGGAGAAGAAACCAGCAAGGGGAAUUCUCAAAAGGAAGGGUAAAUUUAGUGGAGGAGAUAGUGGAUGUGUUCUAAAUGAGAAUGGUGUAAAAAGUCCCGUCGAAUCUGAAAAAAGGGAGAACACUGCCAUGACCUACAACCUGUCUGACAUUGAUCAGGUUCUUCGUGGAGGUGACAGUACCGCCUCCACUUCCCAGAUCUGUCGCAACCCUGCAUCAGACUUUGUACAUAGCAGUGCUUCACACACACAAACAGACAGUGUCAGUGAGCAAACUGUCACCGUGGUGCCAAGACGUGGCAUUUUGAAGUCACAUGGAAAUACUGAUGCCAGAAAGAGGCUUAGUGCUUGUAGUAUAGGAUCCAAUUCUUCAGCCGAAAUUCUUGACUUUUCGUAUGACAGUGGAGAUGAUCAGUAUUUAAAUCUAUCCAAGUUUGGAAUCGUCACCUCAUCUGAUGGAAUUGAUCACCUGGGUAGCUUCAAUGCAAGUAAUGGCUGUGGAGGCAGUAGUCAUAGUUACAGGACCAGAGGGGAUUCAGGACAUUUUGACCAAGGCAGACCAGACAUUUGUCAAAAUCUAUAACGUGGGGUUGUGAACAGCCCAGAUAUUUACAUAAAUACUUGUCAUUAUAUCUCAACACUGUGUACACACUCCAGUGUGAAAAUCCAUACAUUUAUUAUUCACUUAUUUACAAUGCAUGCAACUUUUUUUGCCAGCUAGAAUAUUUGGUAAUUAUUGUAGCAGUCCUUUGGUUUCCAUGUUACCAAUGUUACCACGAGAUGCAUGUGAUUGUUUCGGUGCUUAAAUAUAUUAAUUGCGUACAAUAAAUUGCAGUCAAAGCUAAUUGCUGUCAAUGGGGUAGCAUUAUAUAGCAUAUGACAUUACAAACCCCUCCUAGCUGUAACAGGUAAAAUGAUAAUGCAAUCUCUAGUCUAUAUUUAGAUUGGUCAUGUGAUCUGUUGCUCAUACACGCAAGAAUAACGCAAUGUUUGGUGCUCUGAGAUGAUGGUUCUGCCAUGGUGUUUUUGUCAUGAUCUCAUUUUCGAUUGCAGUGUAACUGCAGGUAGCACAUUAAAUUUGUUUCCAGAAUUGUUAUGUAGAACAUCUUCUCAUUUUGUGGUAAUACUUUGCUUCUGAAAACUUGACCCAAAUGUCAGAUAUUAUCAAAAUUUCAAACAAGGAAACAUGUGAAGAUGUGAGACAUCCAACGGAACAUUUCCACACGAGAGACUUCGUUCUACAUAACAGUCAGGCAGAAAAGCCCUAUUAUGUAAUAUUAGGACAUUUCCAUGAAAGCCUGAUUCGUCUGAGAAUUUGUACAGUGUAUGUAAACUUUUGUUCAGAAAUUCCUAUUACUUUAAGUAUGUGUGAAUUUUUUGUAUUUAUUUAUAAAGAAGUAUUUACGCUUUAAGUUACCUGUGUGUUGUCUAGUAAAUGUAAAGGAAUACAUGUGUACCAGUCAGCAUUUCCAGUUAGAAAGCUACUUUCUGUUUGUAUGUAGUUAAUAUUAUGUUAUUGUGAUAUUCCCACAAGCCACUUUCUUGAUGCCAAAUUUGUAUCAAUGUCUAGUUCAUAUAAAUGUUGAAACCAUUAGUGAUAAUUGUAUAUGUAUAUUUGGCUGUAGUCCCAAAGUCGAAAACAUGCUAACACAUGACACAAAAGAGUCUUUCAAAUAUCACCUCUACAAAGUCGUUUUAUUUUCUUUGGCAAUGUGAAAAAUAUUAAUUUGCUAAAGAGUAUUUAUAAUUUAAAUUUUGAAAUUUCAUGGGAUGUAUAUAGUCAACAAAUGCUCAAAUCAACAGAGAAAGUAUUUAUUUGUAACUCUGAAAAGGAAUGUACCCUAGAGUCUUACAGUGGUGUAUCAAAUGUAUAAGGAAUGCUUUAAAAACAUGUUAGCAUGAUUUUUGUUUGUGUGCACCACAGGUGUGUAGCUAUCAUUGUCAGUCAAACCUUCAUGUUCACAUUUAUUGGCCAAGGAUACUGACAUUGUUUUUAUUACUGUGCCAAGGUCAACAACACAUCAACAAAUUAUUGACUGUCCAGUAAGAUCAGACUGUUGACUCCCAAGGUCAGCUGUGUUUGUUUACAGUCAAGGUCAGCUGUGAAUGUUGACUCCCAAGGUCAGCUGUGUUUGUUUACAGUCAAGGUCAGCUUAGAAUGUUGACUCCCAAGGUCAGCUGUGUUUGUUUACAGUCAAGGUCAGCUGUGAAUGUUGACUCCCAAGGUCAGCUGUGUUUUUUGACAGUCAAGGUCAGCUGUGUUUGUUGACAAUCAAGGUCAGGUGUGUUUGUUGACAGUCAAGGUCAGCUGUGAAUAUUGACUUUCAAAGUCAGCUUGUAAUAUUGAUCACUAUCUAGGUCAGCUGUUUGUGUUGACUGUCAAGGUCAGCUGUGUUUGUUGACUGUCAAGGUCAGCUGAGACCUGGAGAGGAAGAACAUUAAGUGGUGUAUCUAAUAUUGAUGGAGUGUAGUGAUAUAUAUAUAGCUCUUGUUUUAGUGCUUCCAAAUAUUGUUUGUCCCAAAGGAGAUGUGUUGUAUCAGUGUAUAUAGGUACAUGUGUGUUGUACAUGUUGCAGGGUAUGUAUAAGACUGGUGUGUGUAUGAUUCACUCAACAGGUAAACCUGGGCUUUAUAAACAUUUAAUUUUCAAAACAAAUAAGAAUUAAUGAGAUUGAAUACUGAUAAGAUCAUUUCACUAAAGAUCUGCAAAUAUUCCACAUCAUAUGACAAAUGAAAACGAAAUCAAAAACUUGCUGUCACUGAGUACGUUUUUAGACUUUGAUCAUGAGGAAAGUGUUGUAAUGGAGAGAUUGUUUCAUCCUUAACGUAUGAAUGGACUUUGUGCUGUAAUUCCAUAUAUUAUUUGUCCCAGAUGUUUCCAAAAAAUAAUUGUAAUUCCUUAAAUGUCAUCUAUCAUUUAAUUUAUUGAUAAGUAAA